AUGCUCAUGGAUCAAGAUGAUGCAAUUAUAUCCAUUGACCCAACUAUGCCAUCGAACACACCAAGCUCUCCUUACAGAGUGGUUCCUCUCAGUGCUGGACAGCUUACAGAAGAAGAAGACUUGCUACAGAAUGUUCUGACCCAAGUUGCUGACCAGUUUUCAAGAAUUUUCAAAGUCAAUGACCUGAAAACUGAAAUCUCAAGUAGACUGGCAGCUUUGGAGAAGAGAGUUGAAUUGGAAGGAUUAAAGGUGGUAGAGAUAGAGAAGUGUAAGAAUGAUUUGAAGACACUUAAGGAUGAAUUGUCUUUGGGAAACAGGUCAAACACACCUUGUAAGCAUACAUUCAUGGAGGAUCCUAUAAAGUUGACACCACAACGAGAUGUUCCAAGAUAUCCCAAGUAUACGCUAUCCCAGGAGACCAUCGAAGCACUGAAGAAACCAACAUUUGAUGUCUGGCACUGGGAGUACAAUGAGAUGCUCAGCUGUCUUGAGUAUAUGUACCAUGACCUUGGACUGGUGGAAGAGUUCAACAUGAAUCCCAUCAUACUAAAACGUUGGCUGCUCAGCAUUCAGGAGAACUACCGAAACAAUCCAUUCCACAACUUCCGGCAUUGCUUCUGUGUAACGCAGAUGAUGUACGGUAUGGUCCACCUGUGCGAGCUGCAGGAGAGGCUUACUCCGAUAGAUCUGGUGAUUUUAAUGACUGGAGCUAUUUGUCAUGACUUGGAUCACCCUGGAUAUAACAAUGCGUAUCAGAUCAAUGCACGCACUGAGCUUGCAGUCCGAUACAAUGACAUUUCCCCACUGGAGAAUCAUCACUGUGCCGUCGCCUUCCAGAUUCUCGCUCAGCCAGAAUGUAACAUCUUCGCCAAUGUGGAUCCAGAUGUCUUUAAACAGAUCAGACAGGGAAUUAUUACACUUAUUCUAGCCACUGACAUGGCUCGACAUGGAGAGAUACUGGACUCAUUCAAACCAAAGGUUGAUAAUUUUGACUUCACAAAUGAAGAACAUAAAAUGAGUCUGAAAAUGCUCCUUAUCAAAUGCUGCGAUAUUUCCAAUGAAGUGCGACCUACAGAGGUAGCAGAUCCUUGGGUUGACUGUUUGCUUGAAGAGUACUUUACACAGAGUGACAGGGAGAAAUCUGAAGGCCUCCCAGUAGCCCCAUUCAUGGACCGGGACAAGGUUACCAAGCCCACAGCCCAGAUUGGUUUUAUAAAGUUUGUUCUCAUUCCAACAUUUGAAACACUAAUGAAGUUAUUUCCACAAAUUGAAGAAGCCACAGUACAACCACUGAGAGAUUCCAGGGAUCGCUAUGAAGAGCUGAAGCAGAUCGAUGAUGCCAUGAAUGAGUUGCGGAAGAAAACAGAAAACAUCCCUCUUGGCUGGAAGAAGAACUAAUUUUCACAGUUUACAACAUAUAAUUACUGCUGUGGAUCUAACAAUUGACUUGACAACGUUGACUGCUGAUAGUGUAACAUCUAUCAUGUGAAGUGAAUUCACACCAAUCUGCCUUCAGCCUUCAUAAACAGGCAUUCAGAGAUGAGUUCAUCAGAGAGUUACUGAUUUCAAAUUCUUCCAGCAAACUGUCAUUUAUGUUUUCACUCUUUCAGACAAAAGUAAAUAUUUUGCACUGAAUAUUUUAGAGCUCUCGGCUUUGUAACCCUGCUGACUCUUCAGAGUCUGUUGCUCAAUUUUUUUCUAUCUUUUAACAAUGAUUUAUGAAAUUCAUAUUUAUUAGUCAUUUAAAUUCAAUGCCUUUGGAACAGUUUAAUUUUAACACUGGUGCACAGGCCUUAAAUGUUGGAGAAACCCAAAUCAGCUUCUCCAGAAACUCCUGAAUUAAAUGUUUAUAAGAAACAUAGAAUCUACUUGUUCCAGUCCCUUUUCCCAAAUUCAACAAAGAACAACAGCAUUAUUCAAACUUCAGGUAUAUUCUUUUUGGUAUCAUAUGGUAAACUUCCAUUAUAUUUGCAAAGACACCCUUCUCAUUUCUGAGACAGAAUUAUGGCGCAGUAAGUAAUGAGUUUAUUUUCUUUACCAUUUGCAUUGAAAACAUCACACAGUAAAACUAAUUGCUCAACUUCUAA